ACACACACACACAGCCUCACUCUCUCUUUCUCUUUCUGGCACAUACAAACACACAGUCUUCCUCCACACAAGCUCCAACAACCCUCUAUUCUGGUGAUCAUAAUUAUUUGAUGACGGAGCUUCUGGUUUCUCAACCACGCUUUUGUACACACGAUCUAGCUGUGAAUAAUUUAGCACAGGGAGCUAGAAAGGUGGUCCCUUAAAACAGCAGGUGCAGUCAAACUCAGGAGGCUGGACACACACCGAGAGAGCUUUAUCUCUAUCUUUAUCUAGUCAUCCACCCACUUCUCAACAAACAGCUCUUCAUUCAGGCUCUCAUCCACCCUUUGCCUCCAUCAAGCCGUAUAUCAGCCCAUUCUUUUCAUCCAAUCCAUCCGUGUAUUCCUCCAUCACACCGGGCACCAUCGGGUGUCUAGCUAAUGACAUUUCGCCCCAGGUAAGGAGCUUCUUGGAUGGACUGACGCCCUCUUAGCAUCCCUUCCUUUGUCAGCCACCAUGGAGGAACUCCAGACAAAACUGAAUCAACGCUAUGAAGGCAACAAGCCCAGAAAGGUGAGGUUCAAGCUGGCGUCGUCCUACAGCGGCCGGGUGCUGAAGCAUGUGUAUGAAGACGGCCAGGAGCUGGACAGUCCAGAAGAGAAAUACCCUCACAGUUUUGUUCACCGCAAGAUCCCUCCCAGCCACCUGGAGGUGGAGCAGCUCUGUGGGUUUGAGGACACUCAGGGGGACCAACAGGGUGUCUAUCCUCCAACAGGGCUCAUUGCCCAGAGAAUAAAUGUGUACCGAGGAAUGGGAAGCUACAAGCCUGCUGCAGGCCAGACCGAGCAAGCAGACGGAGAUGCCACAUCCUCAGUGUUGGACUUUGGCAAAAUCAUCAUCUAUACCAGCAAUCUGCGUAUCAUCAGAGCACCACCGAGGAAACCUGAAGUGUUGCAGCAUCAUGCAGUGCCUCUUGUGGACAUGGAGGGACACCCAAAGGCGAAGGAGAGGGGAAGCAGGAGGAGGGCUAAAGCUCAUCGUACACAGGACGGGGAGGAGAAGGAGAAGGAGAAGAGGAAGGAGAAGGAGAAGAAGAAGGAGAAGGAGAAGGAGAAAGAGAAGGAGAAAGAGAAGGAGGAGAAGCAGAUCAGUGACACUGAGACCAAGGAGGUUGACAGCUGCCAGCAUUGUGGCGGUUCAGGCUGCGCUCCCUGCUCUCUGUGUCACGGUAGCAAGCUGUCCAUGCUGGCGAACCGCUUCAAUGAGUCCAUCAGCGAUCUGCGUUGCCAAGCCUGCUACCCCCAUGGUCUGGAGAAGUGCCAGUCCUGCUCCAGCAAAUAGCACUGUUUGGCUGACACCCAUGUCUGGCAGAGAGUGAGUGAGUGAGUGAAUGAGAGUGUGUAGCUGUGUGAUCGAGUGUACGCCCGAUGUGCUAUGGGUUUGUCUCAGCCACAAUAUUGCUCUAAUCCAAAAUGUUCUUGGUGGGGUGUUUCGAAGCACUACUAGGAAACAUAAGCCAUCAUUGGAAAGGGGAAUUGUGACUGUGCAGUGGGCACAAAAUCAUAAAAUACAAUUACUGUGUGCAGUGAACAUGGCUCGCGAUAACACAAACGCAUAAUCACUUUUUUUGUUGUCACAUUAUUUUGCAUCUGCACGCUUCUUCCUGAUAAAACCGGGUUCCACGAUUUAUCAUUUUAAUUAAAAAGAUGCAAACAUUUAGCAUUAUUAUUUUAUCUACUGGGAGGGCUGUCCCGUUCCUAUCUCCACUCUCUUUUCACCAGAAAGAAUGAAGCCUUUGAUAUCGCAACAUGAUGUACUGUAUGAGGAUAAUUGAUGCUUUGAUUUUGUUUUCAAAACGGAGGGGGAAUUGGACAGUGAGAUAAAGAAUCUGAGAUGGACUGAAGUUACAAACUUCUACUUUUAAAGUCAAAAAUCAAGAUUUUGGGUGUCACUUUAAGACCUUUUUGUUAUGGAAGAGUUUGGACAAGGCUCUAUGACUUCGCCUCCACAAUGCUGUUUUGGUCUGUUCUCCACCUGGCUUCAUGCCCAAGUGUUUCUGGAGCAGAGCUUUUUGCACCACAUUCAGAAAACCCGUACUAAGUCAUCAUCCUGUUGCACUUGUGCUCGCACUCUCACUCCCACAGCUUUGGCAUUGGCCAAACAAGACGUAAACAAGAGUGAAUGCUGGGAAAUAAAUUACAAUCACAUUUAGAAUAACAUUUACCAUCUGUAACAUUCCUCUGUUCUAUCUGGACCAUUGGCUCCAUGAUACUAACUAGCUUGCCAUUUGCAAAUCACCUCAUCAGCCAACACCAUAAAGCAACCAAUGCCGGACCUACACCUUACAGCCAAACCACAGCUAGCCGGCCAAUUAACCCAGCUUAACCUCCAUUACAAGUAGCUAGUUGGCUGCCCCUGCAAGAAGGCACUCGUGUGUAAACAUGUUUAUUCUUUGGAUUUUUAGUCCUCAUCAUUUGUGAGUGCUUUACAUAUGACUCCAUUUACAGUUAUAGACAACUGAAAAAGUCCUGGAAGGACUCAUUUUUCAAGUUAUGUUCAACCACUGGUAAUAAAAAGUGAUUUAAAAAAAAUAAAAUUAAAGCCCUCAGAUUUGGUCUUUUCCUUGAUUUAAGUGGUCUUUAAGUGAUCUUUUUUUUUUUAUUAUUCAAUUAGGACUCUGCACAGCGUGUUUUAUUUGGAAAAUGACCGGAUUCUCUAUGCUGUAUCUAUGUCUGACUUCCUGCCAGCGUGAUCUGCUCUGUGCUUAUUCUCAGUGGAGCAGAGUGGGAAGCCGUUUCAGAAAUAUGCUGCGGUGCUUCAGGUAGAAUUACAAGCAUUGUCUAGAACAGCCAUGAUCCGCACCGCCGGAGUGUGUCACAGGCGUGCCUGGUGCAAGAUGAGAGAUGAGAGAGAUGUUAAUAUAAGACAGGGAUAAGAAGAAGAGGAGAAAUAAAUGACAAUAAUACUGUAGGCCUGCUCAGGAGGUUAAAUGAUGAUUUUUUUUAAAUGAAUAAUCUCAUUCUCAGGUUAUUGCCAUUCCAACUUGUUUCAGCUUUAUCCACAUAGUUUUGGUAUAUGAAUGAAA